GCGGUGGUGAGGUGAGGGCCGAUUUUAAAUCUCACAAUCGAACUAAAUACAACAUUAACUCUCGAUUUCAGGUGUCUUCGCGACACCAGGGUUGUGGCGAUGGAAACCGCCCCAAAGCGAUCGCAUUUCUCGCAAUCGCUUGAAUACCGAAUAUCAGAAGCAUUAAAAGGCAAUGGCUUUGACGAUUUGGAGAGGUGCCUUGCAGAAGAUGACUCGGUGCAUGUUGUCUCAAGAUAUGACAACCAAGUGCUGAUUAAUCUGGACACACUUAUUCAGAAGGAGCUCGGCAAAAAGAAUUUCACCAAUGUUGCACUGUUGCUGAGGUGUCUUUUGCUUUAUAAUAAGUUGGACAGAAACUCUGUCUUACGUCUACUACGCGAUGGAGUUGUUUCUAAGGUUGCAAAAUGGUUCAAGCAGGUAAUUGAGCUGCAUACCAAAGACAAGGCAUCCAAGUCUGCAGUGAUUGUGGUGUUUGAGCACUUCUUUGAAGCCAUUUCGAUUUUUGCUGGUAUUAACAAGGAAGGGCGUACAAAGGUUAUCGGCUCAUUUUUCUACAUCUUAUGUGACUUGGUGGUUCAUCCAAUGGUGGACUUUUUUGUACAAUUGGAUGCCAUUAACAAGAUCAACAUGUUACUAAAUCCUGCAAAUCAGUUCGUGAAGAAGCAGAUUAUGAAUGCUGAGGAAACAAAAAAACUAAUGAAUAUAUGGGGAAGACACCUUCCUUAUGCUGGUGAUUACGAACUGCAGUUGGGGCUCACGGAGGCUCUAUGUCGCCUCGCCAAGGAGAAAGUGCGACUAGAGCUGUCAAAGCAGUGGUUUCCCAUGGAGUUCAUUGUCACCGCCUUCAAAGCUAUCAAGGACUCUGACUUUGAGACGGAUUGUAGAAAGUUCCUUAACACUGUCAAUGGGAUCCUUGGAGAAAAAAGAAGUGUGAUUACCUUCCCAUGCAUUGCAAUUUACUUAGAAGACUAUGAGCUGAAAAUGCCACGCGAUGAUAAAUUGGAAAACUUCUGGGUUGAUUUUAACAGUGUCAGCCAUCGCAUUUCUUUCUUUAUUGCUGAUGAGGACGAGGAAAGCGACGAAGAUCUUUGGGAGACGAUCAGCUUACCAGAAAAUAUAAUAGUUGAAUACAGCGUAGAAGCAAGGAGUAAGGAACAAGUGGUCAUGAUUACAAUGCUAAGUCCAGUGAGCACAGCAAAAAAGAAUGGAAGUAGAGUUACCAUUCACUUUGACAAAUCGUUUGAUAUUUUAACCGCCCUUGGAAAUGUCUUUGGGAAGGAAAAGCUGAAGCUAAAAGCAUUGAACUCGCGUAUGCAAGAGAAGGCAUCACAACACAGAACAAAAAGAUGCUAUAGUGAGCCAGAGAUGAUUGAGAAGCAUUUGAGAAAACAUGCCAGGAUGGAAAAACGGGGACACAGUGAAGGAGAACAUUCGCCCCUUCAUUCUAUGAAUCAAAACCAAACCAAGUUCAACAUGUCUGAUUCAACUCCAUCUCUGGUCAUGACAAAAACUCCCAGCUUGGGAAAAACUUCAAUUUCAAUGAUGAAUAUCAUUCAUUGCAGUGCUGGUAUGAAGGCCACAACAAUAUAUCCUGCUGAAGACCGCAAUGCCACCAAGGUAAAGGACAUUACAGCUCCUGAAGGAAGUAACGUGACUGCAAGUGGCAUGCUCAAUGAAACACGGCAAAAUUUCAGAACGGAUGUUUCAAAAAACAAUGUGGAAGAGACAAAGAAAACCAAUGUGACUGAAUGUGGUGCUGCUACCAGGAACACAUGCAAGCCUGUUGAAUUGCCAGCAGUGAAAUUUCGAGAAGACCACAAUCUCACCCUGAGUCCAGUAAUAGAAGAAAGCAUCAGUCACGCCUCCAAUACAGAAAAAGAUAUUUCGACUUCCGUUACGAUUGACUUGUCAGAGGCUGAUGGCGAGAUGCCAAAUAAUACCAUGAAACCUACAAGCUCUAAAACACCGGACCACCACGGUACCCUUACCAAAGAAGAUGCACGGUCAGAUCAGGCUAAGGAAACGACUGUGGGCUCUUCUAGAUUUGAAUUCUCGUCUAGUGCAGGUGCGAGGCCAAAGGAAGCUACCUCCACGCCUUCCAUUGCCAUUGAGAAGCUUGUUCAAUAUCAAUUGGAGAAAAGUAUGCGUCACUUGGAAGGGCAUCGUUCUGACACGUUGUCAGAAGAAAAAGAAGCCUCAUCUGACCAAUCCCAUAUGAAGACCAAGAGUGUGUGGAGUCAGCCUAAAAAUAAGGUCACGAAUGCCAAUUCCACGGACAAAAUGAUAGAUCCCAAAGGUAUGGAGGCAUUGAAUCCAGUGGCAACACUGCCUCAACAAAAGCAGAAGCUUCCACCGACUGCAGAUAAUUCAACUUCCUCAGAGGUGGAAGAUGAGAGAAUUAGCAACAAAUAUAUGGUUAAAAAAGUACCAGCAAGUCUUGAACCUAUCAAAGCACCUAACACGAAGAGUCUUAUUAUGUCAAUUGCUGGAAAGUACAAUGACCUUGGUAAAAGGAUCAGCUUUAAGCCGACAAAAAAAAUAUACGAAUUUCAGAGUGAUAAGGUGCCUUCCAAAGAAACCGCACUGGAUUUAGACAAAGAACAUGUUGGGUUGACGGUCUCAGAAAAAACCCCAGAAAGGAGCUAUAUUUAUGAUUUUAGCAGUGGAGGAGAGGAAGACACGUCUGAAACUACUGCAGCUGAUUCUAAGAAAAGACAAAGGAAAACCAAACGACAUGGAACCGACAAGAUUAACAACACGGGCAACAUGUCUGCAAAACAAUCGGGAAAGAACGUGAAGAAAUUGGGCAAGCGUCUGUUCUCAGAGACAGAAAGUGACGCUUUGACAGAUGCCAAGAGUGAUGUCAGCUGGAUCGUAAAAUCCUCUGAAAAGAAGAAGCCCAAGUUGAAAGGAUACUCGUCUAGCAAGAUAAAUAUAAACGCAGUCUCUGCUCAAAAGACAUUUCUUGCAAGCACCCCUUCCUCUUCGACCAUCAGGAAACGGGGAACGCAGAAGAACGCUCCUUCAGUGACUGCCGAAAGAAUACCCUUAAUAAACGCAACAAUAAAGCCCAAGGAAAGCAGAAGUGGUGAUACAGAUGGAAAACCAGCAUCCUCCAGAAGAUUUGUGCAAGGGAAGAGGCAAUUAAAAUCUCAACUGAGCAGACAAAUGGACAGCAGAAGCAGUGACGAUGAGUCGGGAUCUAAAAGGAAGGGUGACAUGCCUAAGGAAAAAUACCCUGCAAAACGUAACCCACCUCAGCCCAAACGCCCGAGAAGGGCAGCAGCAAAGAAGGCGGUUUACAAAGACGUGUCAGAUGACGAGAUUGAAAACGAUCAACUUUUGGACACUGAGGAAUAUGAAACUGCAUCCCAUACAGUGAUACCCCUUGAAACAUCUUUGUCUAAGAAUAGGGGUAACAAGUCCGGCGUCGAUGAAAAUGAUCUGCCUCGCGCUGCUUCUCCAGAAACACCCUCGUCGAUCGAGAAGCCAAGAAGUGAGAACUAUUUGCCAGCUGGAAUAGUAGAAAUAUACAACCGGCCACUCGCCGCCUCGCCAAUGCCAUCCUUGGCUGAAAAGUCGUUCAGCCUUGGGUCGAUUUCCCCUGGCUAUGUUGAAUCGCCUGCUUUGUCACUUGUGAUCCCUGAAAACUCACUCUCCAACAAUUCACAAGGUUCACCAAUUGCUAAAGAGUUCCCAGAAAGUAUAAUGAACACUCUAAGUCAAUUUGUGGACGAUAUUGAUGAAGACUCUAUGUUGCAGUCUGAGUCCAGCCCAGAGGCAUCACAGGCUUCACAGCAGACUUUUAAACGCUGCUUGUAUCAGCCGUCCAAGCUGACCAACUUGAACACUCCCACAGAGAAAUGCAGCUACGCACCAGAACCCUUAUUGAAUACACCUCCGUCAACAUCUGCCAAGAAGAGCCUAAAGUAUAAGCAGGCGCGUAGAGCAGCGUUUGACCGUUCAAGAAAAUGCUCAAUACAGCCAAGUGAAAGACAAUCUUCAGAACGUGCCACUUACGACGAGAUGAACGAGACGAUUUGUUCCAGACAGUCUACACUAAAACCAAAAAAGCUGUUAAAUUCUGCAGCAGUAGCUAUGGUUUCCAACACAGCAGAUGACGUAUCGAGCGACGAUGCUUCGAGCGAUGAGCUAAGUCUUGAUGCAGACGUGGAGGAAAUCGUUAAUGAUGACAGCAUUGCCAUAUCGCUCAAAAACUUCAGCACCAACAUAGUGAAAAUUACAAAGGCAAAGUAUGACAAAAUUGAGGCGUACACAAAGAACUCCCUACGGGUGACUGAAAAUGAGAUGUCCAAGCUGUGGGGCCAGAUUCGACACCGAAGGAUUCAGAAAAUAAAGCGCACGCAGAGAAUACUGCUUGACGAACUGCAGAAUGUGAAUGAGGAAACCAAAUUGCUUAAGGAGAUGGAGAAUGACAUGCUGAACUUUUGGAAGAAACAGGAAAAAUCUUUCACGACCUUCAGGAUAAAGCAAGAAGAAAGGCUGAAACGAAUGCAAAGCCUAUUUGUGGAAAGUCAACAUCAGUCUGAUAAGGAAGAGAGGACAAUGAUUGAAAAUGGAACUCGGACACUGCGGGAAGAAUUGAAAGUCUGCCAAGACCGCCUUUUGAAUGAAGCUCAAAAGGAAGAGCUGAAUCAAGUUCGACAAACGCUUGAGGCCACAUUCACGUCUGCUUACAUUUGAGGGAAAUGUUCCAGACAAGGAAGAACGGCGUCCAUAUUAACUACAGGAAGAUUGAAGUUGCAUUUUCAAAA